CCGUAAACGACACGCCCAGUCGCAAAGCUGAACGGUGACGUUUGCAAAUCUGAUGUUUGUGCUUUGUGGCUGUUUGCUGGAAACGCCACGCUCUUAAACAACAAAACACAAGGUUUAUUCAGAAGAAAUAUCGACGUUAGGAUGUUAAAAAGAAAAGCCGGGACGCUUGUUUCGGGUUCACGCUUACUGGCUUCAAACCUGCUACCUGGAGGCCUGUUGUGAGAGGAAAUCCCCGGACUGAACUGCGACUCCAGGCCGAUCUGAGAGGACAUGCCACCGGAGAGAAAGCUGUUCAUAGCUCGUCUUUCUUCGCGUGCUUUACCCUUAAAACAAACGGCUUGCCAUUUCCGGAGCGUUUACAACUGAGGACUCGAAUCUGUCAGGAUGAACCGUUACCUGCCAGUGGCACGGCAGCACUUUUUGAGUGCACUCGCGAGCACGAGCGUGGUGGUCAAGUCCAUAUGUGCCACAGUGAUCCUGAUGUACCUGCUCUCCUGGGCUGCUAACACCCCUUACCUGCUUGGCGUCACACCUGGCUUCCUUUUCCCACCAAACUUCUGGAUUUGGACGCUUCUGACCCAUGCAGUGGUGGAGCAACACAUUCUCGGCGUGGCGGUGAACAUUGCUACUGUAAUGGUUGCUGGGCGGCUUUUGGAGCCAUUAUGGGGAGCGCUGGAGCUGCUGAUCUUCUUCGCUGUGGUAAAUGUAGCAGCCGGUCUCCUAUCUGGACUCUCUUAUCUUCUCACCUACGCUGCCACCUUUGACCUGGACUACCUGUUUGCCGUGCGGGUGUACGGCACACCUGCUUUUCUGGGGGGCGUUCUUGUAGCGCUGAGGCAGACUGCAGGAGACACAACAGUGCUUCGAGUUCCUCAAGUACGCUUGAAAGCCGCCCCAGCGCUAGCUUUACUAGCAAUAGCCGUCCUGCGGCUAGCAGGGCUGCUUGACUCUUCAGCUCCACUAGCAGCAUGCGGGUACGGCGCUCUGUCCGGGUGGGUUUACCUGCGCUUCUACCAGAGGCACUCUAGGGGGCGUGGAGACAUGUCAGACCACUUUGCCUUCGCCUCGUUCUUCCCAGAGGCACUCCAGCCUGCCGUUGGCUUUGCAGCUGGGCUUGUGCACGCUGCCCUUGUGAAGAUAAAAGUUUGUCGUAAGAUGGUGAAGCGAUAUGAUGUCGGGGCUCCAUCCUCCAUCACCAUCAGCCUACCAGGCACAGACCCACAAGACGCAGAAAGGCGGAGGCAACUUGCUUUGAAAGCUCUGAAUGAGCGUCUGAAGCGUGUGGAAGACCAGUCGGCUUGGCCCAGCAUGGAAGACGAGGAGGAUGAUGAAGAUGAGGAGGUGCGAACAGACACUCCUCUCCUUUCAAGCCGAGAGACUUUGCCACCAGCACCCAGCAACACACAAAAUCCUACGGGACAACAGGAGUCCAGCAUCAUAAGUUUUGAAGAUGCUCCAACCCAUUCCUAACACAAAAUGACACACACACAAUCCUUGUUUUUGUCCUGCAGAGUUCAGUUUAUCCUUACAAUCACAAACGCUACUGGAGACAUCUCACACAAACACACAUUAUCUUGGUAAUGUUUUACACACAAAAACGAGGAGUUGCUACUAAAUGAACACAUUACCUAAACUAAAUGACAAAGACAUCCAUACUCCGUUUUUCAGCUGUACAAAAAAACCCUUGGACUAGCCUGAUUCAUAGCAUCUGCAGUGCUCCAGUACUUCUGCUUUGUAAAAACAAGAAUAUCUUCUCUCCCUCUUGCCUCUUGUGUCAGGUUUUUGGGAAGUAUCCUUUUGAAUAAAUGCUCUAAUGGUUUAUGGGAUUCAGUUUUUAAAUAUAUGGCAGACUCUACAAAUGUUUAUGGGUUGCCUCUUUUUGUUUUUGUUUUUUUGGCCUAGUAUCAGAAAAAAGGCAAGAUUCCUCAUAUUUAUUGGGCAGAAGAUAGGAUUUUUUGCUGCUUACUGAUGUAACGGCAUCAAAAGAAUGUCUGGAACUUCAAGGGCAGGAUUGCUAAAGGUGAAGAAUGUUUAUGCAAAAUUUGGGACUUUUCGAAGAAUGCGUGAUAUCUAAUUUAAGGUCCUGCUCUCAUUGAUAAGGUUGUGGCCCUUUGAUUUCCUGUUUCAGUCAUGAUGAUUUCAUAGGUGGAGGCACAGUGAGGAGAAAGUUGGAUACAGUCAUUUCAAAGAUAUUUUUGUUCAGAAUAGUUUGAAAUGAUAAUAGCAAUACAGAAUCUGAUUCUGUCCCCUGUUGUACCCUUUUCCUCAUCUGUAAUUUAAUGAUCUGUCUAUAUGUGUUGGCUUUGAUAGAGUGUUGCACUCUAAAGUAUGAGCUUGCAUAAUGGACCUGUUUUUAUAAAACACAGAUUGUCUACACAACGUGGCUUGAGUUUCAUUUAAUGUUACAAUUUUUGAUUAGGGUUCCUGAAAUUUACACUAAUAUUUUUAACCCUUUUUUCUUUACCUUUUUCUAGUAAUUGUUGAUCUGUUUUCUCAUGGUUCCUAGGUGUCAGCCUUGAUGCUUCUCUCGCAGACUUAUUCUCUUAUUCAGGUUUCAGCCUAAUUUUCUGAUGUUUCUAUUACAUCUAUAAUAAAGACUGAAUGAAGAGCA